AGGGUACUGUGCCUGAGCCUGCUUUGAAGUUCCCAAAGGAGGCCGGUGCCGAUUUGGAGGUGGGCUAGACACCCUGAGCCUGGGGAACCUCCCAGAGCAAGGGGACAGAGGUGGUUCCUGAUGGUGAAUCCACAGAGGCCGGGCCAGGAGUUGACCAGGAGCUGGGGCCACAGGCCUAGGAGCACCCUGGACAGGGCUGAGGACAUGGCCCUGCCACCGCCACCACUGGCUGCCAGCACCCCACUCCUGCAUGGCGAGUUUGGCUCCUACCCAGCCCGCGGCCCACGCUUUGCCCUCACCCUCACGUUGCAGGCCUUGCACAUACAGCGACUGCGCCCCAAACCUGAAGCCCGGCCCCGGGGCGGCCUGGUCCCGCUGACUGAGGUCUCAGGCUGCUGUAUCCUGCGGAGCCGAAGCCCCUCAGACUCAGCAGCCUACUUCUGCAUCUACACCUACCCUCGGGGCCGGCGCGGGGGCCGACGCAGAGUCACCCGCAUCUUCCGUGCAGACGGGGCAGCCACCUAUGAGGAGAACCGAGCCGAGGCCCAGCGUUGGGCCACUGCCCUCACCUGUCUGCUCCGUGGACUGCCGCUGCCUGGGGAUGGGGAGAUCACCCCCGACCUUCUGCCUCGGCCACCCCGGUUGCUCCUAUUGGUCAAUCCCUUUGGGGGGCGGGGCCUGGCCUGGCAGUGGUGUAAGAACCACGUGCUGCCCAUGAUCUCCGAAGCUGGACUGUCGUUCAACCUCAUACAGACAGAACGACAGAACCAUGCCCGGGAGCUGGUCCAGGGGCUGAACCUGAGUGAGUGGGACGGCAUCGUCACGGCCUCGGGAGAUGGGCUGCUCUAUGAGGUGCUGAAUGGGCUCUUAGACCGCCCGGACUGGAAGGAGGCUGUGAAGACGCCCGUGGGCGUCCUCCCCUGCGGCUCAGGCAAUGCACUGGCUGGUGCGGUCAACCAGCACGGGGGGUUUGAGCCAGCCCUGGGCAUCGACCUGCUGCUCAACUGCUCACUGCUGCUCUGCCGGGGUGGCAGCCACCCGCUGGACCUGCUCUCCGUGACACUCGCCUCGGGAUCCCGUUGCUUCUCCUUUCUGUCCGUGGCAUGGGGCUUUGUGUCGGAUGUGGACAUCCAGAGCGAGCGCUUCAGGGCCCUGGGCAGUGCCCGCUUCACGCUGGGCACAGUGCUGGGCCUCGCUACACUGCACACUUACCGUGGGCGCCUCUCCUCCCUCCCUGCCACUGUGGAACCUGCCUCGCCCACCCCUGCCCAUCCCGGCCCACCAGAGCUGACGCUGGCCCCAGCCCCAGCCCUGCCCAUGGCCCACUCACCCCUACAUCGCUCAGUGUCAGACCUGCCCCUGCCCCUGCCCCUGCCCCAGCCUGCCCUGGCAUCCCCUGGCUCACCUGAACCUCUGCCCAUCCUGUCCCUCAACGGUGGAUGCCCAGAGCUGGCUGGGGACUGGGGUGGGGCUGGGGAUGCUCCACUGUCCCCGGACCCACUGCUCCCCUCACCCCCCGGCUCCCCAAAGGCAACCCUACUCUCAACUGUCACUGAGGGGACCCCAGAGAUGCCAGCAUCCUCUGGGCUCCCACCUCCUACCCCUGCUGCCCCAGUAGAUGGCUCUACCUGGGGACCACCUGACCACUUGCUGCCUCCUCUGGGCACCCCACUGCCCCCAGACUGGGUGACGCUAGAAGGGGACUUUGUGCUCAUGUUGGCCAUCUCACCCAGCCACCUGGGUGCAGACAUGGUGGCAGCCCCACACGCGCGCUUUGACGACGGCCUGGUGCACCUGUGCUGGGUGCGCAGUGGCAUCUCGCGGGCCACGCUGCUGCGCCUUUUCCUGGCCAUGGAGCACGGUAGCCACUUCAGUCUGGGCUGUCCACAGCUAGGCUACGCCGCGGCCCGUGCCUUCCGCCUUGAGCCUCUUACGCCUCGCGGGGUGCUAACGGUGGAUGGGGAGCAGGUGGAGUAUGGGCCGCUGCAGGCGCAGCUGCACCCGGGGCUCGGUACUCUGCUCACCGGGCCUCCUGGCUGCCCUGGGCGGGAGCCCUAAACCCAACCACGCUUGGAACCCGCCGGGGGCGGGGCCUGAGUGGCAGGGUUCGGCCUGGCAGCUGGAGCUAGGGCAGAGGUCUCCGAGUGCAAAGGCCCUGGCCCUGUCUCAGGAUUGCGCCCUCCCCCAUGGGACCAGACGUGAAGCUGGUGGGUGGCCUCAGUUCCAGGAAUAGGGUCGUCACGGUUACGACAACGGAGCUCGUCCCGAGGGUAGUGCCUGACCAGGGAGGGCGAGGCGAGGCGCCUGAACUCGGGCUGCUCUGGCGGGGCGGGAUCAGCCCUGACCUUCGCUUCCGGCUCGCAGAAGUCCAGGGCGGCUGAGGGCGGAGCCUCUCUUGCUCGUCGCCCGUUGACGGGACCUGGGAGGUACGAGCUGCGGGGGAGCCUUAGGUAAUUGGCCAGUCAGGGCCCGGCUCUCGCCCUAUCCACUCCGGUGCCUCCACUUAACUGGCCAAUCAGCCCAGGAGGGGCAGGUCCCCCGGGGCCGGCGCUCAGAUUUGCACUAAAGUCCCUCCCUCCGCCAGUGGGGGCGGGAAAUUCAUUUCCCCCGUUGUCUCCUGUGCAUUCCCCGUCCCCAACCUAAAAAGCAAUUGACAAGGUCUAUGCAAUAAAGACAGUCGCUUCGUUCCUCUCA